CUCCCCUGUAGGGGAGGGUUCCGGACUGUCCCGGGAGGUCGGCCUGUCGGCGUGUGGUGGCAACCCGAGGUAAGAUAGCCUCCCCGGGCGCUCGGUCCCGUCGGCUCAGGACGCGCGGACGCCUCCCCGGAAGGUGGUCAGCGGCGGCAGAAGCCGAGUGGGACUCGAAGUGCGCCCGGGCGCACGGGGUCUGGGGCGCACGGGGUUCCGGGGACAGGAUUGGCCGCGCGGGUCUGGGGAAGGGCUGGUCCUAAGUGCACACGCGGUUCGCGGCAGCGAGGGCUCCACGAGCCUCAGCCAGCACCCAGGGUGGCUCCGGGCGUCUGCUGGCACUGGAGGGGAGGUUGGGCCGGAAGGAGGCAGGCACAGGCAGCUGAGGUCCUCCAGCCGCACCGGCAGGCCGAGGGUGACCCUGGGACGAGGCCUAGCCUGGAUGGGCCAACCUCCCGGAGCCGCGGCCGCGCCUAGGGGCCAGGGCCGUCGCCCUCCCCUAGAUCUUUACAGUUCUCGGUGAUGAUACCUGCUCAGAACAGCCUCUCAUCCUCCGCGGGCCUGGUCCCAUCCAGGAAUCCUAGCCAAAGCAGUGAGGCCUCGCCCCUCUGGGCCCGAAGAUUAUUUCUUUCCGGGACGCACUCAGAGCCUCCGAGGCUGUCUGGUAGGAAAUUCUCCUUGCAACGUUGGUCCGCCCUUCUUCUCUGAGACCACAAGGAGGUGCUAGGAAAACAUUGAAAAAACAAAACAAAACAACCCCCCACAACAACACAACAAACAACCACGUUCUCCUGCACUCUGUGGAGCCUCAAUAACUUCUAGAAGGAUAGUCAGUUACCUGAGAACCGUGACUGCUGUAGAGGGCAGGUUAGAAUGCUCUCAGCCUUGUCGGAACGAUGUCCAUUUCCCAGAAGACAAGGACUAAAUAUUGCAGUCUCCCAGGGGCACCCCCACCCAGCGACCCCCCCUCACCCAGACAGUGGCCUUGGUCCCUCUAGUACUGUGAGUCUCACUUGCUGCAGCUGCCCCCAUGUUCUGCAAGAUGCAUGGUGAACUGCAAGGAGGCAACAAGUCCUGGGUUCAAAUCCUGUCAGGAUCACGGGUCUGCUUGUGCAGCCUGGCAUCAUUUCUCCUCUCCUAAAUGAAAGAAACCCAGGAGGUGCCUGCCUAAGUGGACCAUCAGUAUGUGAACAAAUGUGGUCUUCCUUUCUUUUUGGUUGGAGCAUGUUAUAUUUCCAUACUCCCCUAACUGUGUUACUAAGGGCUGAGGCUCAGGUGCAGAAGAAUGUGUUACCUGAUUCUGUCCUGGUACCUCCCUGGAUGCCAUGGGAAAGAAGGAGAAAAGGGUCAUUUAGUCACCAUAGAGUUGUUCUUUGCUCGUCUCCUGAAGGCUCAGAGGACUCCCACCCCACCACCUCCUUGAUCCUCUUGACCUCUGUCAUUAACACUUGCCCCACCAGGAAUGUAGCACCUGGUGGCUACGAAGGGAGGCAGGCAACAUGAGGCUCUGAGGCCGGUAGACAGGACUGUCGCCCCAUUUCCCAUGUGGUGAGGGACUGGCAGCUCAGCUGUGCUCUGCAGCACUGCCUCCUAGAGUCCCACCCAAGACUGACACCACCUGGCCCUCCCUUUUCUGAUUCCUUCCUUCCCAGAAAAUCCACUUGGACAUCUAGUAGCCUCUUAAGCUUUUUCAGAAUGGAUCUUUGGAGUCCUCUCUGUGCCACAACUUGCCCACCAGAUUUUCUGGCUUGGAAAAUGGCACCAUCCAUGCACCUAGUGCCUGAGGAAUCACCUUGAUUCUUCUCCCUUCUUCACCUCCCACAUGCACAACACACUAGGAAUCCAGCCACCUCUCACCACCUCCAUGGUUGGCAUUCUGGCCAUACCCUUCACGUGGCUCCCUGCUUUAGCCUCCUGAUUUGUCUUCUUGCUUCCAUCCUGGUCCCUCCACAGUCUAGCUCCUCACAACUACCAGGGAGGUCUUUAACAUAAGUCAAAUCCUCUCCCUUCCUUGCUCAGAAGCCUCCUAUGGCUCCCCAUUUCACUCGAGAGAGAAAAAAGUAAACCCAAAACUCAAAGUCUUUUCCUGCAACGCCCCCAUAAGCCACCACUCCCAACCUCCUUGACCUUGAUCUCAGCCCCUCCCCUAGUUUUUUAAACCUGGACCACCGGGAACUGAUUUCUGUUCUUUAAACAUGCCAAACUUGUUUCCACCUGAGGACUUCUAAUUUGCUGUGCCCUCUGCCCAAAACACUGAUCUCACAGUCCAGAAUGGCUCAUCUCAAAUGUCAUUAAUCCAGAAAGACUUCCUGACCAACUCUGCCUAGGCAGCAUGCCCUUCUACAGGAGUUCUGUCUUCUUAUCCUGCUUUAUUUUCUUUAUAACCUUGAUUAUUGUUUGGAAUUUUUAUUUAUAUGUAUACUUACUGAUUUGUCAUCUGUCCCACCUCAAUAGAAUAUAAAUUGGAUGAUGGCAGAGAUCUUAUCCCUCUUACUCCCUACAGCUCUCCCUGAGGGGGGAAGCAGGUAAGAAAUUUGCAGACAGCCCCAUCUAUAAUUGCAAAUUGUGGUAAGUGCUACUUAAGGCAAUUGCUUGUAAUUGAGGCGCUUGUAAAUGUCAAGUUUACUAGGUUGAACUAUUGUGUUGUCAAAAUAAGCUCUCUGAGCCAUUUUAGGAGUGAAGACAAGCCUGGAAAAGACUGGUAAUUUGCCCCAGAUCACACAUAGUGAUUGGAACUCAGCCUCCUACCCUAAGAACAUGUAUGUGGCAAGCUUUAAUGGUGGGCCUGCAAUCAUGUUCUGGAAAGAAACUGAUCCUGGAGCCUGAUAAUUUUCCACUAACUAGCAAGUCCUUAUUCUUGGUACUUCAUUUUCUUCACCUUUAAAGUAGGAUGAUCUUAUUAUUAUCCUUUUGGGCUUUUUCCCCCCUAGUACACCCCAAAGAAGUAGGACUUCUUGCUUUCAGCAACGAGGGGCACAUACAGACCUUAGGACAAUGGCAAGGAGUCAGAACUCUCUGCAAUACCAACCAACCUACAAGACAGAAAUGGGGCCUACAUCUUCUGGAUCUUAUUUCUUUUGUUCAUCAAUUCAUUUUUUAUUUUUUGAGGGCCUCUGGACUUGGGCAGUAAUAGAAUUGGAUGAUUAAAGAAAGAAGCAAAACAUUCCAAAGAGUUGAGAAAGAAAGAAUGCCCUCUGUCACUUCAGAACCUGGACAGCGAUGACGUUUGCUGAGGACAAGACUUACGAGUAUAUCCGCUACCAUUACAGCAAUUUUGGUCAUAUUCAUGUUCUGGAGAUUCUGCCUUAUCUGUCCUGCCUCACAAUAAGUGACCAGGACCGACUGCGGGCCUACUACCAGCUCUGGGGGAACCAGGGCACCCUCUGGGAGCUCUUCAACAGCCUUCGGCGGCGGACUGGCUGGGUGGAAUCCUUCAUCAAGGCCCUGAGGAUCUGUGAGCUGGCUGGUCUUGCUGACGAAGUGGCCUCUGUCUACCAGAGCAACCUGCCUGGGGUCCCGAAGAACUGCCCCCCAGCCCCACUGGAGCCACAGUUAGCUCCUGCUGAGGUUCCAGGGCCCUCCACACCUGCCGUGGCCCCCAGCACCCCCCACAAUGGCUACAGAGAGGAGGAGCCAAGUUUCCCCAUGCCUGUCCAGGACACUCGGCCGCCAGAGUCCCUAGGAGAGAGUUCAAAGAAAGUCCCACAGACACCCAGUUCUGGGACUGUCCUGAGGAGGCCAGCUGGCCCCCUGGAGCCCUCCUCUGACAUGGCAGCCCUCAGCCCUCUGACCUCCAGUGGGAGUCAGGAGCAGGACACAGAACCAGGCAGUGCCCACAUAGCAGGCAUGGCCUCCAGCCUCACAUCACCCCGUGGGCCUGUGUCUCCAUCUGUCUCCUUCCAGCCACUGACCCGUUCCAUCCCCAGGGCAAGCCGCUUGCCAGGACCCUCAGUAUCAGCUCCGCCUACUGGCAUCUCCUCCUCUUCCCCUGGCUUGGCCUCUUCAGGGGGUGCUGGUGACCAUGGUGAGGCUACCAUCUGCCCUGGGGCCGGGGUGUUGGCCAGCUCAUUGACCACCAGCAUGGCACCCUCCAAAGUGCCUACCAACUCAGCAUUUGAUAGAACGAUGCCUUCCAAGUUGCCUGCCAGCUCGAAACCCUCUGGUACAAUGUCUACUAACGUGCUCACUAGUCUACCACCAUCCAAACUGCCUAUCAACUCCACACGUGCUGGCACAGUGGCACCCAAGGUGCCUACUGGCUUGGUGCCUGACCACAGGAUGUCCACAAGCACAGCGCCCAGCAAGGUGCCUUCCAACACAGUGCCCCCCGUCAGGAGCAGCAUAUCCUCAGGGGAGACUCCUCCAGUGGCUCCAGAGCCCACAGGCACCUCCACCAGAGACAGCUUGCCCAAGCCAGACCACAACUCUGCCACCUGGGGCUCCGAGUUGGAGCUGAGCAAGCCUGGCCGGCUGGUCUCCCACAUGGACAGUGAGCCGUUCUCAGGCUGCUCUGCGGACCUGGCCCUCAGCUGCAGCAAGUCCUUGGGCGCAGGGCCUGACAAUGUCCCAGAGGAGAAUGAGUACCAGUCAGUGGAUUCCAUUAGGAUCCAAGUGGCCCAGGAUCCCAGCAUUGACCUGGUAGAGGGUAGUCCCGGGCCUCCUGCUGCCCCACAGCCCUCAGUCAAGGACAAGUUUGUCCCGGCCAGAUUCUAUGCUCCAUGGCUUGGGGCAGCUGCAGCUGGGGCUCUCUUUGCCAUGCUCUUGGCUGUGCUGUAUAGGCGGCGCCUGUGAAGCCCCUAGGGCCUCCCUGUCCCGAGUCUGCUCCCUUCCCUGCAGGACAUCUAGCCCAAGCACGGACUGUGCUAUCUCCCCGUCUUGUCCCUUUCAUGGGGCUCGUGGAGCCUGGGCCUGAGGAGAGCCGGUGGGGGGGGGGGGGGGAAUUGAGUGCAGACCAGAUUUCUGUCCCAGCCCAUGCCUUCCCCAUGUACUCCAGACCUCACACACCCCACAAUCUGGGCUGUGGCCUUUAUUCUCUGGAGGAGGUGAGGUACCCCCAUCCAGACCCUGUUUGCUCAAGUCCACAGAUGAGGUGGUGCUGCUAGAUCAUGCAGGGGGUCAGAACCCCCCCCCCCCACCCCAUCCUGCCCUGGUGCCUGGUGGCCAGCAGAUGUGCAGGGUGGGGGAUCCCACAGGACCUUGCUCCAGACCCUAAAAGCCCCAAGAACAUAAGGGUGAUCCAUUUCCAGGGACCUGGCUGCUUGAGGUCCCCCAAGAAGCGAGGGAAGUCCAGAGGUUCCCCUGGACCCCUAGGGAACCUAAGGCAGCUGCUAGGCCUGAGGACUGUCUCUGAAGCCCCUCUCCAGUCUCCUCACCCCCAUUUUCCCUUUCCCUCCCUCUGGUCUCCGUGGUCUUUAGCUUGGUGGUGGUGGGGAGGGGGGUUUGGGAAGGAGAGACCUGCCAGGGUAAGCUCAGGCCAAGGUUUGGAUUUCAGUUCCACCCCUUCCUGGGCUGUGUGGCCUUGACAAGAUGAUCAGACUUCUCUGGUCUUGCUUCCCCACAUGGCCAGUGAGUAUCAUGGCUCAUUUCCACUGGGCUCUUCUGAGAUUGAAGCACACAAGUGUUUGUCAAGUGCCUGCCUUCCCCAGAGUAGGUGACUGCUGAUAGCUGCCCCUACCUCUCCCCUGCCAAGCCUGGUAGACAUGAGGGUAUAAGAGGCAGAAUGCCCAGUGGGUAAGGGUGCAACUCUGUAGUUUGGGGUGGCCUGGGCCUGUACCCCACUCGAACUUUCACUCACUCUGUGCUCUGUCACUGUGCUCUCUAUUAACCUCUCUGUGCCUCAGUUUCCUCAGCUGUAAAAUGAGGAUGAAUAGUAAAAUUUUAUAUGUAUAUAAAUAUCUCCUAGUGUGAUGAGGAUUAAAUGAGUUUAUCUAUAUGAA